AUGGAUACCACAGAAGAUUCAUUUGUCCUUGAAGCAGAACCAGGAACGGACAUUUGGAAGAAGCCACCGACUACCGAUGUUUGGAACGCGCCUAUAUCUCGCAUUUCCUCGGGUUUAUUGAAGAAGUUCCAAGCCGCACGAGUGACGUUCUGGGGACCGUGGACCGAACGUUACGACCAAGCCGGCCUCCUUCUAGUUCUCAAACACUCCACUUCCCCAGACCCGGCCAAGUGGAUCAAGACGGGCCUAGAGUUCUAUAAUGAAGCGCCACAUCUGAGCACGGUCGCAUGUGACAGGUGGGCAGAUUGGAGCAUUUUGCCCCUGACCGGUGCGGACGCCCAGAAGGGGUUGACACUGGAGGUUGUGAGGGAGUCAGAUGAGCACGGCAAGAGUGCCUGGGUGUAUCACCUUGUCCUAGACGACCAAGGCCAGGUGAAGGAGAAACGACCUCUGAGGGAGAUUUGCUGGAUCUUCGCGGACGAGGAUGAAAAUGAUGGCGAAGCUUGGGUGCUGGAUGUGAGCCCGCUUGUCGCUCGGCCUGAAAAGAAUGCCAAGGAUGCGUUGAAGGUCGAUUUUACAGAAUUCAAAGUUGAAUGGCUGCCUUAG